UAGUACUCUUUGAUCCGUACCGUACUGUGUACUCUCUAAUUCAGCACAUGAGCUUCGAUUCUGGCUGUUUACUCUUUGCUUUAGUCAUCUUGCGUUUGACGAGGUAGUGAAACAGUGGCACGUGGGAGAAUAAAAUAUGGUUAAGUUGAAGGCAAUACAGAAUACUAGUGGGAAGAAAACAGCAAAAACUGACUUAUUAAAAGUGAAACAUGGAAAAGUGAAGAAAACAAAAAAUGUUGCCAAUUUGGUGCUGAAUUCUAAUCAAAAUGCGAAGCGUGUUCAAAACGUGAUACAUUCGGUAAAAGAUGAUGGUAACAUUGAAGUAUCUAAUAAAGAAAUUGUGAAGCAUUUGAAACAUCUUAAGAAGGCAGCAAAUUCUUCGCAUUUUUCGAAUAAUAUAUUUACUAAAAGUACGCCAAAAGAAGAUGAGGUGGCUUCAAAGACAGAGGUUACUCUUAACCAAGUCAGUGUUAAAACCAAAAAAAAUAAAAAGAAUAAAAAAAAAGAAAAGGAGUUGAAAGUAAAUGAAAAGGAAAUUGAAGAAGCUCUUCCUGUGUCAAGAUGGUCUGAUGAUCCAAUUCCCAAGAAAGUACAUUGGAAAAACAGACAAAGACUCCUUAUCUUUGGUUGUCGUGGUAUUGGUACAAGGGAUCGACAUUUAAUGAAAGACAUACGAAGAUUGUUGCCACAUUCAAAAAAAGAAAACAAAAUGGAAAGAAGAGAAAAUUUAACUGUUGUAAAUGAGGUCUGCACAAUGAAGCAUUGUAACCAAUGUAUAUUAUUUGAAGGACGUGCAAAUCGAGAUGUGUAUAUGUGGAUUUCCCGUGUACCUGAUGGACCAUCUGUAAAAUUCUUUCUUCAAAAUAUUUAUACCAUGGAUGAGUUGAAGUUUACUGGAAAUUGCCUGGUCGGAUCCAGACCACUCCUCUCAUUUGAUGAGAACUUUGAAAAUAUUUUACAUUACCGCUUAAUAAAGGAAUUGCUAGUUCAGAUAUUUGGAGUACCAAAUCACCACCCACAAAGUCAACCCUUUUUUGAUCAUGUGUUCACGUUCUCUGUCUUGGACAAAAGAAUUUGGUUCCGGAAUUAUCAGAUUCUCUCUGAAGAUGGAGCUCUAGUAGAAAUUGGCCCUCGAUUUGUAAUGAAUCCUGUCAAGAUAUUUGAUAAGAGUUUUGGUGGAGAAACAAUAUGGGAAAAUCCUCAUUAUGUGACACCUGCAAAGCUUCGACAACUAGUGAGAAAAGCUGCUGGUGGAAAGUAUGUUCAUAAGCUAAACCAAAAAAUUAACCAAGAGAAAACAAAGGGUCAAGUGUCAUAUAAAUUCCCUGCAACCGAUGAAGUAUUUACUGAUGAUACAUGGAAAACUGCAAAGGAAAUGGUUUCUAAGAGCAUUGAAGUUGGUGGCCCAUUGAAAAAGAAAAAGGGGGUAAAAAAGAAUAAAGGAAAGAAAAAAUCUUCACAACCUUGGAAAGUUCAAGCAGUUGGGGAAUGAAGGCUAAAUAGUGUAAUGAUCUGUGAUGUAAAAAUUAUUUAAAUUCUAGACUUGAGCAUUGUUGUGUCAUCUGUACAGGAUUUUCAAUAAAAUGUUCAAAUAUUUGAUUAUAAAAUUUGUUUCAAUCUUUGGAGUAGUAUAAAAAAAUAUUAUUUGUUCAUAUUAAUGCUAAUAACAUUACACCUGUAUAAAUUUGACCCUUCUCUGAAUAAAUCCCUUUAUGUCCAUCAUUAGUGCUAUUUGAAUAUGAAAUGCAUAUUCCAGGCAUAGAUACUCGAUUUUCUCG